AUGGCCGACGAGUCUCCCGAGCUUACUCCCGAGGUCAUUGAGGCCCGGAAGGACUUGUGUACCAAAGUAUCUCGCCGGUAUGUAGAGCUCAGCCGCGAAGUCUACAAGCCGGCGUUCCGAGAUUCACCGAUCACGCGCCGGCUGGGGCGAAUCGACUUUGAUCUUCUCCGAUUCCUAGGGCUAUGCGUGUAUGUUCUGAGGCAAUCUCGCGAUAUGGAUUACUGGCCCAGCCCCUUCUUUCUAGGCCAGCUUGAGGUGGUGUCAAAAUUUGCAGACAUCGACAGCUGGGUCGCCGAGUUCGGGCCCGAGAUCCUGCCUACACUAGGGAAAGAGUGGCUUCCUAGCAAUUGUCCCUCUCGGCUGAUCACUCUGCAGGAUGCUACCGUGCAGCGCAUUGUCCGCGGGAUCGUGCAGCAGUACCUCGGCGUGGAGGCAGCAGACCGGAUGGGGAUCGACAAUCUCCCCACGGCACCUCGGUCGCGCCAAGAAAACGAAACCUGUCUGAUCUGCCAGCAGUCGCUCGCGGAAACGCAAAGAGAGCCUCUCGAGUGGUGCAAGAUCCAGUGUGGCUACGCCUUCCAUUCCCGAUGUGUGAUAGAAUGGUUUGCGUCCCCGCAUUUGGUGCACUCUCCGGCCCGAUGUCCACAUUGUCGCCAGCUAUGGCUCGCGCCAAUGGUGGGCCUGCUGGGUAGUGUCUGGCGAGAGGAUCUGUCGCUGGCAUUAUUCAUUCUUUCUCUUUCAUCGUAG